AUAUUCAAUUGGCCGUCAAUCAAGGAUAUAAUUGACUGUCAAUCAAAGCCAAUUAGUGCUCCACUAAUCUGGUAUCACUUUUCCUGUGAUUUUCUAAAAUCAUUCAGAGGACAGGGUGUGUUAGGGAAUAAGAUAGGUAGGACAGAAAUAUCAUUUUCAUCAUUCCUAGACAGAGGCCUACAUCACAUGUUGCCUUUUGAUAAGUUUGUGACGAAGACAUAGAGAUUUUGAAUUCAGCAUUUCUUAUGAUUUGAGAAUGAGAUCAUAUCUGCUCAAUUUCAAGAACUAAAUUCAGGGUUCCAGCGAUUUUUCUGAGGGAAAAUCUUUUUCGGUGGAUAGAGUAUACUAUAGCUGACCUUCGAAGAAAAACUAUUAGUUCGUUACUGUAAAAUUCCUGAUGUUGUCCAAUUCGACUUAUCACCAAGUCCGCAGCAAACACGUCUCGCCAAAACAGCUGCGUAAAACCAAAAUGGUGGAUUACACGACACGUUAUACGGCGAACCAGCUGUAUUGUGAUGAGGAUUAUCACAUGAUAUGGAAAGUUGUGCUAAUAGGGGACUCUGGUGUCGGCAAAAGUAAUCUAUUGUCCAGAUUUACGAGAAACGAAUUCAACUUGGAGAGCAAGAGCACAAUAGGAGUAGAAUUUGCAACUAGGAGUAUACAAGUAGACUGUAAAACUAUCAAAGCCCAGAUAUGGGACACAGCGGGACAAGAGCGAUAUCGGGCUAUAACUAGUGCAUAUUACCGAGGAGCUGUAGGGGCGUUAUUAGUUUACGACAUCGCCAAACAUUUAACGUAUGAAAACGUCGAGCGAUGGUUGAAGGAAUUACGCGACCACGCCGAUAACAACAUUGUCAUUAUGUUAGUUGGAAACAAAUGUGAUUUACGCCAUCUGCGCGCCGUACCGACAGAGGAGGCUCGUGCUUUUGCCGAGAAGAAUAACUUAUCAUUUAUUGAAACCUCCGCUUUAGAUUCCACGAAUGUAGAGGCUGCCUUCCAGAAUAUCUUAACAGAGAUCUACCGGAUUGUUUCUCAGAAGCAAAUCCACGAUUCACCAGGCGACGACGACCAGCUUAGCACGAGCGUACAACCGAUUAAAGUGGAACCGACCGAGCCGGGCGGCAGCCAAAAACGUGCGUGCUGUAGUACAUAAUCUGAAGACAGGGGGCGCCAUUUAGAAAUCCCAGAGGAGAGCAGUUACUGGAUUGAUGAUGUGUGUGAAAAGUGCGAUUGAUCGAAGACUUGUUUGGGACUGUACUGACUUGAAUGUAACCAAUUAGUGCAAGGACACGAUUUGUGGAAGACGGAUUUUCUGCCAGGGAAAUUUGGCUCGCUUGACUCUGUCACGAACUUGACAAACUGACCGUUUUUGGAACCAAGUUGUGUCCGUCAUUUAAAAUCUGCUUUUUUCUGCCCGAAAUUUUUGUAAGAACCUUUGUUUGGCACUCAGCUACGUCGGGUCGAGAUGGGGUGGGUUUUUCAAAUUCGACACUUGUUGAAAGGUCUGAGGGGCGCUGACAGUUUAACCUAGAUCAAAUAGAUAACCAUGCAGAAAGGGUGAGUGUGAUAUGGACUCGCUAUGUGGCUGGGUUUUGGUUACCAUGGCAACAGCAGUGAUCGACAUUUGUAAACAUAUGGGCGCCAUCUUUCGAGAACAUUUUUGAGAAUUCACAAAUCGGUAAACUUUUCAUUCAGAUCUCACAUCUGCUCAGGUUACUCCAUACAGCUUUCCUUUCCUUUAAAUUUUUUCCUCAAGAAAUGUUUUUUAAGAAUUGACAUAAAAGCAUGCUCAAAGAUGCCAUCCCAUUUUAAGGUCCUGUCUUUGCUGUCGGUGAUACCUUAUCUCACCAGUCGAUUUUAAUCUAACUCCUUUAAUUUAUUGUAAUGGACAAAGACCAUUUAACAGAUGAUUUGUUGCUUUAAAAAAAGUUGGCUGUGAGCAUAUGAGGUAACAUAGUGUGAGCUCCAUAGUGUCUCUUAAGACACUAGUCGUGCAGUGUAUACUGUAGGAGGAAACUGGGUAGCCCGGAGGAAACUACACUGUCGAAGAGAGUCUCUCCUGUAAUGUUAGUGUACUCAGUACUGGGAUUGAACGCAGGGCCACAGAGGUGACUGGUGUAGAUGUCACCUUUGCCAAUGCCGACAGCCCUUGCCUCGUAUUUGAAAGAAUCGUUUCUUGGCGCAGAUGCCUUUCGAAACAAACUUUGAAAUUGUACCAGAAAGAUAAAACGGCUGGUUGUUUGAUCCGCGUGGCACAUUGUCCGAAUGAAUAAGAAAGUUUCUGUAAUAUAACAUGAUUUUUUUAUAAUCAAUAAUUUAUAUUCCAAGUCAACGUGUUUCUGUUUGUGACACCCCUAUUCUACAAAGUGGUUUUGUCCUCAUCAAAUCAUUUGUUUAUGUUUGGUUGGUCCAUUUUGGGAACUAAGGGGUGCCUGGUUGUGUAUUGCUCUGCAUUGGCUGAAGAUGUUUUGUUGGUUUGUGGUUUUGACACCAGAUGGCUACAGCGAUAUGUGAUGUGUUUUGAAAUUGCAGGGUAUGGAUUAAUAACAAGAGAAAAGAGAAAAUGUGCUAUUAAGUGUGGAAAAUGUGGAUCUCUUGUGUGUUUUGUCACAUUCCGUGCCAUCUGUUGUCCAAACUCAUAACCAGCCAACACGGUCAACAGAAGUUGGAACAAAAUGUCCAGAAUUUGCAUCUGUUAUAUGCAUGCGCAUGUAUCCAUAGUUACGGCUUGUUUACCUAUCAAUGUGCAUGCGUAACUGAUUGCAAAAUCUGGACAUUUUCAAAAGUGACUGUAACCUAACAUCCCAGAAUGCAUUGCUGGUGUAAUCUGAUUGGUUGAGAAGAAAGCUGGGACGGCGACAUAUCAUCAUAAAGUCAUUUUGCAUACGGACAGACAUUGUGUAAAUACGCUUAUAAAUUGUAUCAAAUCAACCUUUUAGUCUUUUCAUAGCCAGAAUUUGAAGUAUGCACUCCUGCACUUCAGACCUGCUUCAGUUUUACAGAAACACUGAACUACACCACAGUAGAACCUCUCUAUUAAGGACACCAUUGGGACUGACAAGUGCUGUCCUUAAUAGAGAGGUGUCCUGAUUAGAGAGGUCAAAUUGAAUGGCAACAACCAAUUUGGGACCAAAACUAGUGUACCUAAUAGAGAGGUUGUACGUAAUAGAAAGGUAUCCACUAAGGGAGGUUACACUGUACUAUUGUCUUUAGGCUGUUGUCAAGCAGUCUAACAAUUUUGCACAGCGGGGCAAUCACACUUUGCCACUAUAGUUUCGUCUUGGCUAUGAAAUGGUUAAAAGUUUGAAAACCUGUACGCUAUAUUUCAUUUGUAUAAACUCGCGCCAUCACCGCGAACUAAUGUUAAUGGCGGUGAUGUGAACUUUGAUUUAGUGUCCGCUAAAAGCUUGAAAUCCUGUACGCGAUUUUUCAUUUGUAUAAACUUGCGCCAUCAUCGCAAACUAAUGUCAUAUGCGGUGAUGUGUGAUUUUUAUGAAAUGGCUGUAACAUAUUUAUUUAAUUUGUGAAAUUGCUAGUACUCUUGAAAGUUUAGGAUUAGCCCCUGUCUGUGCUUGUUUUUGUCUUAGAGGCCUUUAGGGACUGUGUGCUUUCAAGGAUAUCCCCCCCCCAAAAAAAAAAUUGGUAAAAACGUAACAAAAUUAGGAUCAACUUAGUACCAUGCUUCUAUUCAUUCCAAGCACUUCGAAAUGAAUACCUACGUUAUUGGGCUUGUUAUUCAUUUCAGAAUUGCGUAAAAUUUACAAGAGUUUGAAAGAAAUUUUUAAGACAAUGUUCAUACAAGAAGGGAGUCAGUCCUGAGGGGGUUAAUUUUUCAUCCUCGAAAUAAAAUAAAACUUAUCUGGUUUCUGGGUUACGCUCUGUGAUUUGUAAAAAUUUUGCACUGAAUUUUUUGCUGUUUUAAGAAAAAUAUAAUUUAGGUUCUUAGCUACUGUAUUUUGUGUCCACACGACUGUUAACACUGGCAUCAGUUGGCCACCUAGUGGUAAAGCUCUGUAGUUGGGGAAAAUGACGGAUUUUCUGGUAGGCUUUGUUUUUGGGACCACUGGAAUCAUUCCGUGACACCCUCCUCCCCCCCCCCCCCCCCCCCAUCAGGCGUUCUCUGCCACUAAAUGGAACCAAAUUGACUUUGUUAAAGUAGUUUGAAUAAUAACCUCAUUGUGAUUUUAUGCUUGAAAGUCUGCGAUGACAUAUGAAGUGAAUGUUUUGUUCUGUAGUCAGAAGUAUUGAACACAUCUGAUCCGUCUUAACGCAACAUCACACUGAAGUUAUUCCAAUCCAACUUUUGACAAAAUAAGACCUGUUAGUUUCUGAUUUACCCACUAGGUGAAGCACAGUGCCACCAAUUUCUGCUUGGUGGCAGCACUGAACAGUGUUAUUUUCCUUAUGUACAGACUUAUACUAGUGUAAUAAUAAAUAAUUGAAUUGAAUGGAA